UAGGAAUCGGUAGAGAAUAGACUGGAGCAGUGCUAGAUAAUCUGUAGGAGAAAUGGAGAAAAAUGGAGACUUUCAAGAUAGGAGGAAAGAAAGAAGCUUUCUACUGUCCCAUUUCCAAUUCCAGAUUAUACAGAUCCAGGAAUGCAGAAUAUGGAUGUCGAGAAUCCUCCUCCCAAAGGAUCCGCAUCUGAACAGGAAGGAGAACCAGCUCCUGUCAAAUUAAUCAGAAAGAGAUUUUGGCCAGCUCACUGUAAACCUACAAAGGCAAUCAUUGGAAUGAUCAUUUCUUUCCUGAUCUUCGGCCUUGUCCUCUUUUUCCUGGGAACAUUAAUGCCAUUAAACCACCAACAGGAUGCCAUUGAAUGUCCACCAGACUGGAUUGCACAUCAAAGACACUGCUACAAACUUUCAGGAGAGGAAAAAAAUUGGAAGGAAAGCCAAAAUGUCUGUAUUUCACAUACUGCUUCCCUAGCCAAAAUCACACCGGAGGAAAUGGCUAUCGUGAAGAUGUUCACAAGAGACCAUGUGUUCUGGAUUGGCCUAAAGAGAGAACCAGGUCAGCCCUGGAAGUGGCUAGAUGGAGAAAAUGCAAUGAUGGUAGUCACGGGAAAUGGAGGAGACUGUGCGUAUUUGAAUGAUGGCGACUCGGCCAACUCAGGGAGAUGUACCACUGAACACCGCUUCCUCUGCAAAAAGAUUUGAUCCAAAGAAUCCCGUAAGAAAAUCCUACGUUCCUCAUCUCACCACCCCAACUCCCUCCCUUUACCAG